AGUCGCCUUAGUUUAAAACUCAGCAGCCUCCCCCAUCAGAGCAGAGGGGAACAAUAUGGAGUCGCACACAGAGCUGCUGGUGUUCGCCAACUGGAGCACCCUGCUGGUGUGCAUGGUGCUGAAGUUCCCCCAGAUCCUGUCAGUGAUGGUGGCCAAGUCUGCUGAGGGGCUGAGCCUGGGCAGCAUGCUGCUGGAGCUGACUGGGUUUCUCGUAUUUCUAAGAUACCAGAUGUAUUAUGACUACCCAAUGGAAACUUAUCUCGAGUAUCCCAUCUUAAUAGCACAAGAUGCUGUGCUUCUACUAUUUAUCCUCUAUUACAGUGGCAGUAUACGGAACGCGUUGUCUUACUGUGGGAUGUUUUUCGGCCUCUGGAAUGUAUUGGUCCUUCAGAAAUGGAUAAUAGACAUAGCAUUGAAUUUGUGCACUUUGAUCAGCGCGUCCAGCAAGUUUCUCCAGCUGCAGCAUCUAUGGCGCACGCAGGACUCUGGACAAGCCAGCGCACUGACAUGGGGCAUGGCCAUAUAUACCUGUGCUACCAGGAUAUUUACAACAUUGAUGACCACAGGAGAUAUUGCAGUUCUCGUGCGGUUUAUCGUGAUGUUAAUUCUCAACUGCUGGGUGGUGUUUGUCAUUCUGAAAUACAGGAAGAAACCCGAUGACAAGAAGAAGGAGGACUGAGGGGUCACAUAUGCACUUUUAAUGUAUAAAUAAGU